AUGCCUCCCUCGACUAUGGAGGAAGUUGGUGAAGAAAAUCGGAAUGGAGCGACCACCAAUGCCUCCUUUCAGUUCUCCUGGAACGAUGACCAGGCUUUACAAGCCAUGGAUGUGCUAGAAGCGAUCCCCGGCAUCAAGACGAUAUGCGUGACUGGUGGCGCCGGAUUCAUUGGUUCUUGGGUUUUCAGAAGCCUGACUCUGACAUAUCCAAUGUACCAUUUCAUAUGUUACGACAAUUUCGAAUAUUCAUCGUCCUUGAACAAUCUUCACGCCUUGGACGGCGUCUCAAACUGGUCACUGGUCAGAGGUGACGUCUCGGACGAGAUUGCCGUCACCAAGUGCUUCUUCAAGCACAAGAUCGACGCAGUAAUGCACUUUGCAGCCCAGUCCCACGUGGACUUGAGUUUUGACGCGCCGCAUGCCUUUUGCAAGACCAAUCUGACAGGAACAGUCGUCUUGCUCGAGGCCGCGCGAAAGUUUGGUGUCAAGCGCUUCAUCCACGUGUCGACGGACGAGGUUUAUGGAGAGGUGUCUCCCGGCCAGCCAGACCACAAGGAGAGCGACGUCUUGUGCCCGACGAAUCCGUACAGCGGCAGCAAAGCCGCUGCUGAGAUGAUGGUCUGCGCCUAUGCCAAAUCCUUUGGGCUCCCUACCAUUAUUGUCCGCAGCAACAAUGUGUACGGUCCAAACCAGUUUCCGGAAAAGAUCAUUCCCAAAUUUACAAUUCUUCUCCACCGAAAGCAAAAGGUACCUCUAUACGGGAGUGGAGAGUACACGCGACGUUACAUUUACGCCGGGGAUGUCGCCAAUGCUUUCAACUUCAUAUUCCAUCGUGGUGAGAUUGGAGAGACGUACAAUAUUGGCACAGUCGAUCGAGUGUCCAACAUUGAGGUGAUUGGGAAAAUCCUGGCGGCCUCCCAAAAAGUCGCCGGCAUUAACCACUCUGCGUCUUUGAACAUCGAGAAAUGGAUUCAGUCCACGCCAAACCGACCUUUUAUGGAUCGCCACUAUGCUGUGGAUUUUACCAAGCUCACAGACCUUGGAUGGUCACAAAAGGUAGCGCUAGAUGAUGGGUUUCGCAGGACAGUAUCAUGGUAUGAGAGAUACGGCGAGCAGUGGUGGGGUGACAUUUCGUCUCACCUAGGAUCUGGCGUCUUCAAGACAGAGCCAAGUAUCCAGUCUAGUUAG